CAAAUAAUCCCAAAAAUGCCUGAAAAUUCUCAUUCAAUAAAGCUAAGGUAUGUCAAAUUAUGUUACCAAUACCUAGUGAACAACAUUUUAACAUUUUUGUUAGUACCAAUUAUGGCUACAAUUUUAAUUCAAUUUCUUCAAUCAAAUCCAAAUGACCUUCUCAAUUUUUACAACUCACUUUCCCUUACUUCAAUUAACUUAGUUUGUUCAUUCUUCCUCAUAAGUUAUGUAACAACAUGUUACAUAAUGUCACGUCCAAGAACCAUAUACUUAGUAGAUUACGCGUGUUUUCGCCCUCCUAUUACAUGUCGUAUCCCAUUUGCAUCGUUUAUGGAACACGCACACCUGAUUUUGUCUUCUGAGCCUAAAAGUGUUCGUUUUCAAAUGAAAAUCCUUGAACGUUCUGGUCUUAGUGAAGAAACAGCGUUACCCCCCGCCAUGCAUUAUAUUCCACCAACUCCUACUAUGGAUUUGGCUAGAGAAGAAGCUGAACUAGUUAUAUUUUCAGCUAUGGAUUCACUUUUGGCGAAAACGGGGCUAAAACCUAAAGACAUUGAUGUACUUGUUGUCAAUUGUAGCCUCUUUUCACCAACUCCUUCACUUUCGGCUAUGGUUAUAAACAAGUAUAAAUUGAGGAGUAAUAUAAAGAGUUUUAAUUUAUCUGGAAUGGGCUGUAGUGCUGGGGUAAUAUCCAUUGAUUUAGCUCGUGAUAUACUUCAACAAUACCCUAAUUCAAAUGCUGUGGUUAUUAGCACUGAGAUUCUCACACCAAAUGGCUAUUUAGGUAAGGAGAGAUCGAUGUUACUUACGAAUUGCCUAUUCAGAAUGGGAGGAGCAGCCAUACUUUUGUCUAACAGAAAAUCAGACCGGGGUCGGGCUAAGUACCGUCUAGUACACAUAGUCAGAACACACAAAGGUGGAGAUGAUAAAUCUUUUAGCUGUGUACAACAACAAGAAGACCCGGAAGGGAAAGUGGGGAUAAAUUUGUGUAUAGAUCUCAUGCAAGUUGCAGGAGAAGCAUUGAAAUCUAAUAUUACAACAAUUGGACCACUUGUUCUACCCGCUUCGGAACAACUUCUCUUCCUUCUUACCCUCAUAUGCCGAAAAUUAUUUAAGUCUAAGAUGAAACCGUAUAUUCCGGAUUUCAAAUUAGCAUUUGAACAUUUUUGCAUACACGCUGGAGGAAGGGCUGUAAUAGAUGAGCUACAAAACAACCUACAACUAUCGGCGGAGCAUGUGGAGGCCUCGAGAAUGGCGCUUUACCGGUUCGGUAACACAUCAUCGUCGUCACUAUGGUAUGAGAUGAGUUACAUUGAAGCAAAGGGGAGAAUGAAGAAAGGUGACAGAAUUUGGCAAAUUGCAUUUGGGAGUGGAUUUAAGUGUAAUAGUGCUGUUUGGAAGUGUAAUAGAACAAUCAAGCUUCCAGUAGAUGAUCAUAAUCCAUGGGCUGAUUGCAUUGAUAGAUAUCCUGUUGAUAUUCCAGAUGUUGUUAGGCUCUAAUUAUCUUUAAUUAAUUCAUGAAUUUAGUUAAUUAAGUGUGUUAAUUAUUUUCA